AGAGAGGCGGUCGAAGCGAACGCGCCGCCGGUCGAGCGCGAAACCGGAUUUGCCUGGGUCGCGGCGAGUGCUGGGCCAAUAGACAGCGCCGCAGCAUUCAGCCGUUUGGCUUUGGAUGUAGGCUUAGCGGCCCUUGCGUUUGACCGGCGGCAGCUUGCGUAGCGCGCUUUUAUCCUGUUGUUUUGUUGCCAGCUCGGACGUUCGACCUCUAGCUUUGUGGGGCUCGGUUUGCAUGGCGCGCGUGCCCUGUCAAUAGCGCGUGCCACCCGGUCGUCUUCGUCAGCUUCACUGCGGCGGCGUGUGCGGCCCUAAACCCGCGCUCGGCGCGCAACGCUACUUUUCCCGGGCGCCCCCACCACAAAUGGAACAAACCGGCAAGAGGUCCGACAAGAAGCGAACGCACAAGGACGGCACGCCGGCCGAACCGGAGGAAUUCAUCGUCGAGAAGAUACUGGACCGGCGCGUGCGGCAAGGCAAAGUCGAGUACCUGCUCAAGUGGAAGGGCUACGGUGACAGCGAAAACACUUGGGAGCCCGAGGAGAACCUCGACUGCCCAGGCCUGAUCGCGCAGUUCGAAGAGAAGCGGAAGCAGAAGGCCGAGUCACUGCAGCCGUCGGCGGCCAAGAUGAAGGACGACGCCGACGCGCCGAGCCGCAAGAAGAAAAAACAGGACGGCGGUGACGCAAAGCCACGUGGUUUUGACCGCGGCCUCGACCCGGACCGCAUCAUCGGCGCCACGGAUUCAUCCGGCGAACUGAUGUUCCUCAUCAAGUGGAAGGACUGCGACGAGGCGGACAUCGUGCCUGCACGGGUGGCCAACGUGCGCUGCCCGCAGGUGGUGAUUCGGUUCUACGAGGAGCGUCUCACUUGGGACACUUGCGGCGGGCGCGACGACGAGUCGUCCGAGAAAGCGGCCAAGGCUUAGCGAGUGCCCGCCAACGGCAACCAACCACGUUUGCGUCCAGCGCCCCGUAUUUUUUCUUUAUUUUUUUGUUGGCGGCCUGGACGGUGGCUCUUCCGGAACAAUUCGUACCUACAGCUUCCAACUCCUGUUAUGCCCAUUUUAUUUUUUCAUUUGAUUCCGUACCCCAGCGAUACGUCGUGUGUGUUGUGUGUGUUCGUGCUUUUUUAUUUUUGUUUCCUAAGCCUUCUUUCACCCAACCUGAGGUGCCGGACGCUAUGUGAGGAAAAAAAAAAGCUGUUUCCCUGCGCCGUAACCACGUCCGGCAAGAAAGUGUUUCAUUUUUUGGUUUGUUAUGCAUUGGUUAUCGCUAAUUGUAACCGCAUGGCCUUCGCCGUGUGUGAGAUAAGGCGUCGGUAAUCUUUGUUGUGCUUUCUUCAAGCCGUCAUAUUGGAGCGCAGGCGUCCGAUCACACAAGCUUUCUUCCCUUUUUUUUUAGCCGUUGCUGUACUGCUCACGUUGUUGCAACCGUAUUGUGUCGGCAUAACAAAAAAUUGCGCCACCCUUUUCGGUCGCCAUUCAUCGAGUCUAUAUCGCGAUAAAAAAAAAAAAAAUUCACCGAUGUGUUUUCCAGCAACGAAGCAUUGUUCCAUUAGUGAUUUGAGAUGAUUGUUUUCUAGGUUGCACUACUGGCGUUUCCUUUCUUUUUUUUUUUUCUUUUUUUUCUAUGCACAUCCUGCUCAUUUUUGGUUUCAGUCGUUCGUUGGGGGAUACUGUAAUUGUAUAAAACAGGAGAUCAUUAAAGAGAAUUCUUUCUUCAACAA